UUUGGUGAACUUUGAACUGACAUCUUUAGCCAAUAAAAAAGCGUGAACCACUGUGCAACUUCACUGUGUGAGAUGUUGCAACUGGAUGAAGAAAACGAGAAGUGUGAACCGGAGGCCUGCGCUGUUGCGCCCCCUAAAGCACGCUCUGUGAUGGUUCUUUCUUCGCCUCACUCCCUGAGGCUAAAGUACAUCUCUCUGGGAGUGCUGGUGCUGCAGACCACCUCCCUGGUCCUCACUAUGCGCUACUCCCGAACACUCGAAGAGGAGGGCCCCAGAUACCUGUCGUCUUCAGCUGUGGUAUCGGCCGAAUUCCUCAAAAUCGCUGUGUGCACACUCAUUGUCUUUGUGCAAAGCAAUUUGAGUUUACGAGCCCUGAAUCACCACCUGAAGGAGGAGAUUGUGAACAAGUCAGGAGAGACGCUGAAAUUGGCUGUUCCUGCUGCGAUCUACACACUACAGAACAACCUCCUUUAUGUGGCUCUGUCAAACCUGGACGCAGCCACAUAUCAGGUUACAUACCAGUUAAAGAUCCUCACCACAGCACUUUUCUCCAUCUCAAUGUUGGGAAAGAAGUUGGGUUUCUACCAGUGGCUGUCGCUGCUUAUCCUAAUGGCUGGAGUUACUUUAGUACAGUGGCCCACAGAGUCUAUAGGGGACUCGGAGCAGAAGGUGCUGUUUGCCAGUUCACAGUUUGUGGGGGUGAUGGCCGUGCUCAUGGCCUGUGUGUCCAGUGGAUUCGCAGGAGUUUACUUUGAGAAAAUCCUCAAAGAGACCAAACAAAGCAUCUGGCUUAGAAACAUACAACUGGGUUUGUUUAGCUUCAUCCUGGGCUUCGUAGGGAUGCUGGUGUACGAUGGAGAGAGAGUUAGAACGUCUGGCAUGUUUCAGGGCUACAGCAUCAUCACCUGUGUGGUCGUGCUCUUACAGGCUCUUGGGGGCUUGGUUGUAGCAGUGGUCAUCAAAUAUGCAGAUAACAUCCUGAAAGGGUUUGCAACCUCUGUGUCCAUCAUUGUGUCCACACUAAUCUCAUACUUUAUUCUAGCAGACUUCAAUCCAACAAGUGUAUUCUUCAUCGGGGCAGUGCUGGUCAUUGCGGCCACAUUUCUCUACAGUUACGAGGUGAAAACACCCUCAACAAGUGUGAUUAAAGUAUGAUGGAAAGCCAAGAGGUGUUCAAGGACCUUGCUAUUUUCCAAACAUUUUAGAUUUGGAUUCUUGCUUGCCACAGUCAUUUGGCAAUAUAUUUUUUGCAAAUGUGUAACAAACAAAGCCUCCUGUUACAACUGAUGAGAUGGAUGUUGCUGUUCCCUUCCAAAGCCUGGUUGGAUUGAAUGAUCACUUUUACACAAGGGAUUUAGGUAAAUUAAUCUAUUUAAUUUUUUUAUUGCAAUUAAAAUUGUGUUAACUUAAUUUUUCAUUUGACAACUUUAAACUAUGUGUUAGUUAUGUAAGAAUCUGUAAAUCCUCAAAUACACCACAUUUCCCAUGUAUGUAUCCACUACAGUCUGACUGUAAUGCAUCUAUAUUUUCUAUUUAUUUAUAUAAGAAAAAUCUACCUGUAUUUGAACUGUUUGAUUAGUGGAUAUAAGAAGGUAAUCUAUUUAUUUUGUAUUAUUUAAGAAUUUUUAUUUUACAUAUUUUAUAUGAUUAGGGAAUUACUUUACCUCACAGCCUCUGUCUGCCUGCGCCUAUGAUAUGGGAUCAGACAGGAUGACAGUUGUAACGCUGUUGCUCACAGUGUGUGUUUGAAUCAAACGUUCUGCUUUUUAAAUGCAAAAGAGAUGAAUAAAUUAAAGACCUUUAAUA